AGGGUAUCUACGGAAACAUGGGGUCCACUACCGAGCUUCACUACAUCCCUCGCACCACGGAAACACUGCUCGACGUCGCCAGCGACGUCGUUCAACUCCUCCGCGCGGCGGGUGAAACUCUCGGUGUAGCCGAGUCGCUGACUGCCGGCGGCGUCAUGGCGGCAAUCACCUCCGUGCCCGGCGCCAGUGCCGCGUUCCGCGGCGGCGUCGUCUCAUACGCGACACCACUCAAACAAGAGUUGCUGGGGGUCAGCGCGGACCUGAUUGCCCGCGAGGGUGUUAUUCACGGUGACGUUGCCGCGCAAAUGGCCGAGGGCGCUCGCCGAGUCACGACCUACGGCGGCGCCGCCACAACUACCUGGGGCAUCGGCACCACUGGUGUGGCCGGCCCGGACUUGCAAGAUGGAAAGCCUGCUGGGACCGUGUUUAUCGGUAUUUCGUCGCCUGAGAGAAGUCGUGCGUUUGGUCCGUUUAGUUUCCCGGGCUCGCGAGAGCGCGUGCGGGAGGCAACUGUGCUUGAGGCGCUGGCCCGCUUGAGGCAAGAGUUGGUCGAAAGGGCUCAAAAGGAGGACCGCAAGACUGUAUAGUUGCCCAAGAUCAGGUCGUGUACUUGAGCUAUGGAGGCUCAGGGUUUUCGUAUUGGAAACAAGGGGUCACUUAAUACGCGGAGCUGAGAAAGGACCUGGCUAGCAGAUGUCAUGUUGGCAGUUCAGGGGGAAAUCGUAUGACAGAAUACAGAUAUCAGGCUUGAGUGCCUUGAGCAGGUUUCUCAGGAUCGUGCCCG